CUUCUCACACUGGGGCUGCCAGCACACACACCUACACACACGCACACACAUGCAUACACCCUAUCCCCUGAGUCAGCCUGGCGGUGAGGGGCGGGGUCACUGAUUCAGUUAACACUGCCUCCUUAAAGCCCCCACCAGGGCAGCUGCAGCCAGACACUGCUCCUCUCACCAUGAGCCCCUGGCUGUCCCUAGUCCUGGCUCUCCUGGUGCUGGGCUGUUGCUCUGCAGCCCCCAGACCACACCAGCCCACUGUUGUGGUCUUCCCAGGAGACCUGGGAACAACUCUCACCAACAAGCAGCUGGCAGAGGAGUACCUGCACCGCUAUGGCUACACUCAAGUCAUGGAGCUGAGCGACGACGAUCAGGCCCUGAGUCGGGCGCUGCGGGUCCUCCAGAGACGCCUGUCUCUACCGGAGACCGGGGAGCUGGACAGCACCACCCUGGAGGCUAUGCGCGCCCCGCGCUGUGGCGUCCCAGACCUGGGCAAAUUCCAGACCUUUGAGGGCGACCUCAAGUGGAAGCACGAAAACAUCACGUACUGGAUCCAAAACUACUCGGAAGACUUGCCGCGCGACGUGAUCGACGACGCCUUUGCCCGCGCCUUCGCGGUCUGGAGCGCCGUGACGCCGCUCACCUUCACUCGCGUGUACGGCCAGGAGGCCGACAUCGUCAUCCAGUUUGGUGUUCGGGAGCACGGAGACGGGUACCCCUUCGAUGGGAAGGACGGGCUCCUGGCGCACGCCUUUCCUCCGGGCCCGGGCAUCCAGGGAGACUCCCACUUCGACGAUGAAGAGUUGUGGUCGCUGGGCAAGGGCGUGGUGGUCCCGACCUUCUUUGGAAACGCAGACGGCGCCCCCUGCCACUUCCCCUUCACCUUCGAGGGCCGCUCCUACUCCGCCUGCACCACGGACGGCCGCUCCGACGACCAGCUCUGGUGCAGCACCACGGCGGACUUUGACACGGACCGUCGGUUCGGCUUCUGCCCCAGCGAGAGACUCUACACCCAGCACGGCAAUUCCGACGGCAAGCCCUGCGUGUUUCCCUUCACGUUCGAGGGCCGCUCCUACUCCGCCUGCACCACCGAUGGCCGCUCCGACGGCUACCGCUGGUGCGCCACCACCGCCAACUACGACCAGGACAAGCUUUACGGCUUCUGCCCGACCCGAGUGGACUCCACGGUGACCGGGGGCAACUCAGCGGGGGAGCUGUGCGUCUUCCCCUUCAUCUUCCUGGGCAAGGAGUACUCGACCUGUACCCGGGAUGGCCGCAAUGAUGGGCACCUCUGGUGUGCCACCACAUCGAACUUCGACAACGACAGGAAGUGGGGUUUCUGCCCGGACCAAGGAUACAGCCUGUUCCUUGUGGCUGCGCACGAGUUCGGCCAUGCACUGGGCUUAGAUCACACCAACGUGCCAGAGGCGCUCAUGUACCCCAUGUACAGCUACACCGAGCAGCCGCCCCUGCAUGAGGACGACGUGAAGGGCAUCCAGCACCUGUAUGGCGGCCCUCGCCCUAAACCUGAACCACGGCCUCCAACUACUACACCUGAAACCCAGCCCACCGCUCCCCCGACGGUCUGCACCACUGUCCGCCCCUCAGAGGGCCCCACUACUGGCCCCACAGGCCCCCCUUCGGCUGGCCCCACGGGUGCCCCCACUGCUGGCCCUUCUGUGGCCCCUACAGCGUCUUUGGAUCCAGCGGAGAAUGUUUGCAACGUGGACAUCUUCGACGCCAUCGCAGAGAUGGGGGGUUACCUGCAUUUGUUCAAGGACGGGAGGUACUGGCGAUUCUCUGAGGCCCAGGGGCGCCGGGUGCAGGGCCCCUUCCGUAUCAGGGACACGUGGCCUGCGCUACCUCCCAAGCUGGAUUCCGCCUUUGAGGAGCCGCUAACCAAGAAGAUGUUCUUCUUCGCUGGGCGCCAAGUGUGGGUCUACACGGGCGCGUCGGUGCUAGGUCCGAGGCGUCUGGACAAGCUGGGCUUCGGCCCGGAGGUGGCCGAAGUCACCGGGGCCCUCCCACGCGGCGCGGGGAAGGUGCUGCUGUUCAGCAGACAGAACUUCUGGAGGUUUGACGCCAAGUCGCAGAUGGUAGAUCCCAAGAGUGCCAGCCCUGUGGACCAGAUGUUCCCCGGGGUGCCCUUGAACAUGCACGACGUCUUCCAGUACCGAGAUGAAGCUUACUUCUGCCAGGACCGCUUCUACUGGCGUGUGAAUUCCCAGAAUGAGGUGAACCAGGUGGAUGAAGUGGGCUAUGUGACCUAUGAUCUCCUGCAGUGCCCUGAGACCUAGGGCGCCCCCUCCUGCUUCAGCACUGCAGUGUGGGUCCCCACCUUGAUGGAGAAAGAGCCAGUUUGCUGGAUACAAACCGGUGGGUCUGUUCUGAAGGACAAAGGAUGAGUGGAGGUGGGCUGGGCCCUCUUGUCCCACCUUCCUUUUUUUGUUGGAAUGUGUUUAAUAAACUUGGAUUCUCUAA